GUACGUCAGGAGCGGAAGUGACGAUAUACGUAGCGGAAGUGACGAGGGUUCCAGAUUUUUAACAGGUACCAUGAUUUAACGGAACACCGGACGGCCGGUAGGACGAAGCUCGGUUGGUAAAAGGAGGAGAAUGGCAGAGAAAACUCCACUCGUGGGAGCGGAAACAAAGGCAUCAGACUUUGCUGAGCCACAAGACAACAAUGAUUGGCCUGGACCGUCAAACACUUCAAGCCAUGUUUUUUGUCCUCAUGGUCCUGAAAUGUCAAGUAGAAAAGUACAGUCCAUCCUACAGAUUGACCGCUAUCAGAUCCAGGCUGUGGAAACUGCACAGCAAGCCCUGGAACUCCAAGGGCUUGGCUUAGCAGUGUAUGACCAAGAAGUGUUGGAGCGUGAAGUACUCCAGCAAGUUGAUAAUGCCAUAAAUGAGGCCAAUCGAGCUGCACGACUAGCUGAAGCUGAGAAAGAACAGCAAGAACUUAAGAAUGAGUUGAGUUCAUGUCUUGCCUCCAUAAGGCAAAUUACGAAAAUCAUUGACCAACUUUCCCCACAAGCUGCAACAUGUAAAGAUAUUUGCAGGAAACUUGACUCUGUGAAGCGACAGAAACAUAACAAAGAACAGCAACUGAAAAAAAUCAAGGCUAAGCAGAGACGUCUAAGAGCAGCACUGGGUGGCAACUCAGAGCAGAGUGAUUCUGAACAGCAGCAGGUAGAUAAUCUUGAAGAUGAUGUGUUGCCCACAUCUUUGGGCAGUAUGUUGAUGCCGUCUCAAGAUAAUGAAUGGGAAAAGCUCAUCCGCACAGGGCAGAUGACACCCUUUGGCACCAAGAUACCCCCAAAAGAGGAACCUAAACCAAGGAAGUUAAUGCUAAAUGAGACCUCAGAUUUUGAGAAAUACCUUGCUGAUCAAGCACAAAUGGCAGUACAGAGGAAACGUCCCUUUACUCCUAAAAAAGAUAAAAAAAGAAAAAUUAGACCAGAGGCUAAGAAGGAUGAUAGUGCUAAGGAAUCAGUAAAUAACUUGACAUCCAUUCCAUCUGCUGAGAAAAGGUUGAAGAAAAGAAUGAGGAAAUUACAGAGCAAAGCUUUGCAGACUCAAUUCAGGACAGGAAUCCUAUGUAAAAAAAUUGAUGACUUGUCCCCACAAGGCAGUCUAGGAGAUAACAGUGAGGGGUCUGUUUAUUCACCCGAUGAAAGAGAGCAGAGCAUGGAGGAUGAUGAGGAUGAUGACAUGAUGCAGGAUAGCCCUUGCUCUGACUAUGAAUUAAAGCCUCUGCUGCGAAAACAAAUUAUAAAGCGGCCUCAGCAUUGGGGUAUUGAUGCAGAGUUCCUUCCAAGUUCUGAUGAAGAUGGAGGAGAAACUCCUCGCUCAUCAUCAAAGGGUAGACUAUGUAGAGAUGAUGGGGAUGUCAAGGUGUACAAGCAUCGCAUACGGCAGUACCUUAAACAGCAAGCCAAGGAGAAAGAGCAACGGGGUAUGGCAGAGGAGUCUGAGGACAGCGAUUUGCAAUUUGAUGAGGGUUUCUGCAUACCAGGGUCUCUCUGGAAAAAGUUGUACAAGUACCAGCAGACAGGUGUUCGGUGGCUGUGGGAACUACAUUGCCAACAGGCAGGAGGCAUUUUGGGAGAUGAAAUGGGAUUGGGCAAAACUAUCCAGAUAAUAGCCUUCCUGGCAGGCUUGAGCUACAGCCGGAUAAAGACACGAGGCUCUGAUUACAGAUAUGAAGGCUUGGGUCCUAGUAUCAUUGUGUGUCCAACUACUGUCAUGCACCAAUGGGUGAAGGAGUUUCAUACUUGGUGGCCUAAACUUCGUGUAGCUGUACUUCACGAGAGUGGGAGCUUUGCUGGUAAAAAGGUUAGAUUAAUUGGGGAAAUAGGUAAUAGUAGUGGUAUUCUUAUCACCUCUUAUUCCAAUGUACGCUUGAUGCAAGAAGAACUUCUGAAGUAUCACUGGCACUAUAUUAUCUUGGAUGAGGGGCACAAGAUUCGUAAUCCCAAUGCAGCUGUCACAUUGGCGUGCAAGCAUUUUCGUACUCCUCAUCGCAUUAUUUUGUCUGGAUCCCCAAUGCAAAAUAAUUUGCGAGAGUUAUGGUCUCUAUUUGACUUUGUCUUCCCUGGAAAACUGGGUACCCUCCCUGUUUUCAUGGAGCAGUUCUCUGUUCCCAUUACCAUGGGAGGUUAUUCAAAUGCUUCUGUUGUUCAGGUAAAAACUGCAUACAAAUGUGCCUGUGUUUUGCGCGACACCAUAAACCCUUAUCUCUUGAGACGUAUGAAGGCAGAUGUGAAGAUGAGCUUGUCUCUUCCUGACAAGAAUGAGCAGGUUCUCUUUUGCCGACUGACAAAUGAGCAGACACAGGUUUACCAGACCUUCAUAGACUCCAAAGUAGUGUAUGGGAUACUGAAUGGUGACAUGCAGGUGUUUCCUGGUCUGAUUGCCUUGAGAAAAAUCUGCAAUCACCCAGAUUUGUUCACAGGUGGAACUAAAAUUCUUAAAGGGACCAAAGAAGAGGAUCUAGAAGAAGAACAGCAGUUUGGUUACUGGAAGCGGUCAGGAAAAAUGAUAGUAGUAGAGUCACUUCUGAAGAUCUGGCAUCGCCAAGGACAUAGAGUUCUUCUUUUCACUCAGUCACGACAGAUGUUAAAUAUCCUGGAAGCAUUUGUUCGAAGAAUGGAUUAUACAUACCUCAAAAUGGAUGGCACUACAACUGUUGCAUCACGACAACCUCUCAUCAUAAAGUUUAAUGAGGACUCCUCGAUCUUUGUAUUCCUUCUUACAACCAGAGUUGGAGGUCUUGGUGUGAAUCUCACUGGAGCCAAUAGAGUUGUCAUCUAUGAUCCUGACUGGAAUCCCAGCACAGAUAUACAAGCUCGAGAGAGGGCAUGGAGAAUUGGUCAAAAGAAACAAGUCACUGUUUACAGGCUGCUCACUGCAGGAACUAUAGAAGAAAAGAUUUAUCACAGGCAAAUCUUUAAGCAGUUCUUAACGAACAGAGUUUUGAAAGACCCAAAGCAGAGACGCUUCUUCAAAUCCAAUGAUCUGUAUGAGCUAUUUACCCUGAGCAGUCCUGAUGCAAGCCAAGGAACAGAAACCAGUGCUAUUUUUGCAGGGAUUGGAUCAGAUGUUAAGCUGUCAAAGUAUCCUAAAAAACAGGUGACAACAGAAGUCAAUGGUAUUUCUAAAGAGGGUUCUUCGAAUACAAUUAAAAAUGAGCAGCCUUUGCAAUGUAUGUCUGCACCAUCUGUAACUACCCAAUCUUAUGGAACAGAGACCACAGAGCUAGCUAAAGGGCUGGACAAGCCUAAUUCAUGUAUAGCGUUUGAUUCCAACUUGCGAGCUAUGAAUGAAAGUGGACAGUCAUUUUCUGUUGCUCCUGCACAACUUCAUCAUAAACACAAAGCCAAAACAAAACACCAGGAAAAAGGGAAAAGAAAAAAGAAAGGUGCCAAGUAUGAAGGAAAGCGGAUCUCUUAUCUAGUAAAGCAAAAGCCAUUCAUUAAGGAGAUAAAAGGGGAGCAGGAGGAGAGCAGGAAGACUAGCGAUGAAUAUGUCCUGGAGAAACUAUUGAAAAAGUCUGGGGUUCAUAGUGUGAUGAAACAUGAUGUAAUUAUGGAUGCAUCUAAUCCAGAUUAUGUGAUUGUUGAAGAAGAAGCAAGUAGAGUAGCCCAGGAGGCUCUGCGAGUUUUAAAAAUCUCUCGCCAACGUUGUAAUGCUGCAUCUUCUGGAAUCCCAACAUCGACUGGAACUAAUGUUGGUGUAGGAAAUAGACGGUUUGGUCAGAAAAAGAACCCUCUAUUACAUUGUGCAGAUGUACCCAAAACCAAGAGCCAUCAAGACAAAUGCAAGGAUUUAAAGAUCAUUAAACAAGAAGAGAGCAAAACAGUUGCUGCCUCUCAUUUCAGUGGAGAGGCCAGUGCAUUAGACUCCAGUUCCACUCUGUCUUCAUUCAAUUUACUUGCUUGUAUGAAGGCAAGAAAUCAUUUAAUCCUUCCUCCCAGAGAAGAUGGUGAUAUAGGAAGUGGACCUCAAACAGCAGAUCCCACAGAACAUGAUGAGUUACUAACAGAUAUGAGAAAUUUCAUAGCAUUCCAAGCACAGCAAGAAGGAGAAGCAACUACCCAGGAGCUGCUUCAGGAGUUUGAGCAUAAGCUUUCUCCUUCACAGUCCUGUGUCUUCCGAGAACUGCUGCGUAAAUUGUGCACCUUCCAUAGAAAGAGUGAUGGUGUUGGUGUGUGGAGACUCAGACCAGAAUUCCUCUGAACCUUUCUGACACUGCCUUGUGGGUUAUAUAGUAGCAGUACAAAGUAUUGACACCAACCCAUUUUAUCUUAAAUGUUAACUCUUUUCGGUUUAUUCUUAAUAUUGCGUAGGAAUAUGGCUGUUAAAUAUUUUUAAUGUACUUUAUUAGGGAAAGCUAUUUUUUU